CAGACUCUUGCCAGUGCCAGAGGCAGGCGCAAAGGUGCUUGAAGCUGUCUACUGAGAGCUCAAGCUCUGACAGCCAGGAGAGCGGGGACAGGCAGGGGGAGAGGAGAGACUGGGGUAGGAGGGACAGCUGCAGCUGCUCUGUGCAGCCCACACUGUUGGGCUCGCUGUGCUACCUUCGCCUCAGGCUCUCAUGCUCCUGCAAGCGGCAGGUACUGAUUAAGCUGCCUGUGACAUGGAGAAGCAAAGGACUGCUUCAGAGGGGCUUCCUUAAGGAGCUUUGUCUAGUCCCCUCUCUCCCAAGCUCCGGCUGGACAUUUGGCUUCAUGGAGCUGCCAGCCCCACACUGAGAGCUCACUGCUCCUGCCAGAACUAGCCUUUCCCCCUGGCCCUGGGCAGGCACCAUGAGAGGAUCCUGGGGGAGUUUCCUCCCUUUCACGAUAGCCCUCUUCCUAGGACUUGGUGAUUCUCAGAGAGACUUUGCUGGAAGAUUUGAUGCAAGCUCUUCAUUCCGAAGUGAAUCCGGGAGCAGGGGUAUGCCCCAGCCGAGACUCUGGAGCCAGGGCAGGGCAUACAACCUGUUCUGGGUGCACAGCCCUCCUCCUGCCCUGGAGCACCGUCCUGCAACCCCUCGCACGGAUCAUGUCUCCGCAGCCCGGAUGAGGAGUCUGGCAGGAGGGGAUAAAAGAAAUCAGCCUUCUCUGCCUUCUGCUCACAAACACUCUGCUCCCCAGAGUGCCAGAGCCCAAACUGCAGGCUCUCCCAGUGGGAGCCUAGUUCAGAUGCCUGGGCGGAAGCAGAGGAUGGAUUCCUCGCACCAGCGGGUCGGGAAUGGGCUCAAAGCUCAUACCAUGUCCCUGGCAAAAGAGCCAACUGGCAGAGGGCGGAUGACAGGGCCGAAUGUCUGCAGGGGACAGUGCUGCUCAGGCUGGACAGUGGCUCUUGGAACAAACCGGUGCAUCAAACCUGUCUGUGACCCUCCCUGCCAGAACAAGGGAUCCUGUAAUCGGCCUCAGGUCUGUAUCUGUCGCUCGGGCUUUCGGGGAUCCAGAUGUGAAGAAAUUGCUCCAGAACAGGAAUACCAUCCUCCCAGCUUUGUAACUGCUCACCAGCCCCCAACAGGCUCUCUUCUGAGAAGUAGCAGUGCAGAAGCAGAAGUUUUGUCAAGAAGGGCCCAGCCAUCCAUCCUACAACAACCACCUACUGGGACUCGGGACAGAAUGGGUUCCCCUGUCUCUUCCCAGCACACGGGGUCUUCACGCACUGUCCGGCGCUACCCAGUUGUCAACACUCAGCUAACAUCCAAUGUUCUGCCCAGUGGGAAUGGACAUGCACAGAGAAACUCUGGACUGCAUGCAGCCUCUCAAGAGCAUGCAAUACCUCCAUGGGGAGCCAACUUGACGGAGAAGAUCCGGAAGAUCAAGAUUGUCUUCACUCCCACGAUCUGCAAACAGACUUGCCGGAGUGGCCGCUGCUACAAUAGUUGUGAGAAAGGGCACACCACCACCCUGUACAGCCAAGGGGGACAUGACCAUGACCCCAAGUCUGGCUUCCGCAUCUACUUCUGCCAGAUCCCUUGCCUGAAUGGAGGGCGCUGUGUGGGCAGAGAUGAGUGCUGGUGCCCAUCUAACUCCACAGGAAAGUUUUGCCACCUGUCAGCUCCAAAACUGGAAAAAAAACAAACGGGGAGAGUCCCAAAUACCCCAGCCAAUGGCUCCAUGAAGCAUUCCACCUAUACACUACCUCUAUCCAACCAGCUUGCUUCUCUAAACCCCUCCCUGGUGAAUGUCCACAUCAACCACCCUCCAGAGGCCACUGUGCAGAUCCACCAGGUGGCCAGAGUGCGGAGCGACUCCGAACAAUCGGAAGAGAACAGUGUUGAGGCUGUACCGAUGUCUCAGCUACCAACUGGGACACAAUACAGCUACAGCAAUGGCAAUGGCAACAGCAUCACCACAGAGAGUGGCCAGCAGCAGGGGCCCCAAGAGAUUAUGGGAAGGUGUUUUCAAGAGGCCAUAAAUGGACAGUGUGCUAACCCACUGCUGGGUUUGACCAAGUUUGAGGAUUGCUGUGGCAGCAUAGGGCUCUUCUGGGGAGUGAACAGAUGCAUCUCAUGCCCUCCUCGACCAGCUCAUCCAGUGAUUGAGUAUGGAUACCUGGAAUGUCCCCAGGGGUACAAGAAGCUGAAUCAGAGCCACUGUCAAGAUAUCAAUGAGUGUGUGAUGCCCGGUCUAUGUAAAGAAGCUGAGUGUGUGAACACCCGUGGGAGCUUCCGCUGCACUUGCAGACCUGGCACCAUGCUGGAUCCUUCCCGCAGUCACUGUGUCUCGGACAAAGCAGUAUCCAUGGAGCAGGGGCUGUGCUAUCGCUCAGCAGCAGGAGGUGUCUGCACCCUACCACUCAUCCAGCACAUCACCAAACAGAUCUGCUGCUGUAGCCGUGUUGGCAAAGGAUGGGGAAGGAAUUGUGAGAGGUGCCCUCUGCCUGGCUCAGAAGCCUUCAGGGAGAUUUGCCCGGCAGGGCAUGGCUACACCUACUCCAGCUCUGAUAUCCGUCUGUCCAUGAGAAAGGCCGAGGCAGAAGAGCUGUCCUUCAGCUCAGAGGAGGAGGGGAAGAGCAGCAACAAGACAUCUGGCUGGACAGCAAGAACGCCACAGCUGCAGGAGAGUCCUAGGGGUGAAGGCACAGGUUCCUCUCCAGAUGUGCAGGGCACUGCUGAUGCCACCCCAGAGCCUAUGGUGUACACUGCAGAGGAGGCCUCCCCUCACCUUCCUGCCCAGCCAGGCCAUGACACUGAAGGGGAGGACACUGUCCAAGAGUUAACAGCAACACAGAUUGCAGAGAUCGAUAGAUGUGCUGCUUUCCCCAGAACAUGUGGCCCAGGCAAUUGUGUAAACCUACCAGUCGGAUACACCUGCUUGUGUGACCCUGGCUACCAGCUACAUCCCAGCCACCCCUACUGCAUUGAUGAUGACGAGUGUUUGAGAGAUCCCUGUGCAGGGAAGGGUCAGUGCAUCAACAGCGUGGGCUCCUACUCCUGCCUCUGCUUCUCAGGCUAUACUUCACUUGCCUCCCAGGACAGACAGACUUGUCAGGAUGUUGAUGAAUGUGCUGACCCCAGAACCUGCCCCACCGGGAAGUGUGUCAACACACUAGGCUCCUAUGAGUGUGUCAGCUGUGCAGACGGAUACCAGGCAGUGAAUGGGAGAUGCAUUGAUGAUGAUGAGUGCCAUUCCAAGAGGACCUGUGCUCAUGGACUGUGCAUCAACCUUGAUGGUUCCUUCAGGUGCUCUUGUUACCAUGGCUAUGAGGUGACAACUGAUGAGAAGAGCUGCCAAGAUAUUGAUGAGUGUACCUUGCCUACUGCUUGUCCCUUGGGAAUCUGCACCAACACAAAUGGCUCCUUCACCUGCCAAGCCUGUGAUGCUGGCUACACUCUCUCCUCCCACAGACAUGCCUGUGAAGACAUUAAUGAGUGUGAAGACCCCACAACCAGCUGCUUGGGAGGAAAGUGUCUGAACACUUUGGGCUCCUACACUUGCCUCUGCCAGGCUGGAUUUGAGCUUAUCAAUGGCACCAUUUGUGAAGACAUGAAUGAAUGCCUGAGUAGCGGGAUCUGCAGCCCCUAUGGCCAGUGCCUGAACAGCCAUGGAUCUUACUUCUGUAUCUGUGAUCCUGGCUUCUCCAAUGAAGCUGGGGGAGUCAGCUGCCAAGAUGUGGAUGAAUGUGCAGACAAGUCCAGGUGCCUGCAAGGCCAGUGCCUGAACACAGAGGGCUCUUACAGAUGUUUGUGUGAAAGUGGCUUCAAGCACUCACAAGAAACUGAUGACUGCAUAGAUGUGAAUGAGUGUGAAGAGUAUGGGGAGUCCGUGUGUGGCACGUGGAGGUGCCAGAACACUCUGGGCUCAUACCGCUGCAUCAUGGGCUGCCAGCCUGGCUUCCACCGGAUCCCGGAGGGCGACUGCAUUGACAUAGAUGAGUGUGCCAAUGAGACACUGUGUGGGAACCACGGCUUCUGCGAGAACUCAGAUGGCUCCUUCCGUUGCCUCUGUGACCAGGGCUAUGAGAAUUCACCCUCGGGGCUCCUCUGUGUUGAUGUGAAUGAGUGUGAGCUGAUGGUAGCUGUGUGUGGGACUGCACUCUGUGAAAACGUGGAGGGAUCCUUUCUGUGCCUAUGUCCUAGUGACCAUGAAGAGUAUGACACGGAGGCAGGGCACUGCCGGCCACGGGCAGACAUGGGGGACCCAGAGAUGCCCAUGGCAGCACUCAGCAGCAGCCUGGAAUGCAAGGAGUGUUACUACCACAUCAGCGAUGUUCAACUGUGUGACAGCGUCCUGGCCAAGAACACCACCAAGGAGGAGUGCUGCUGCACUCUGGGGGCAGCCUGGGGUGACAACUGUGAGACCCUCCCCUGCCCCAUACCAGGCACAGUGGAGUACCGAGAGAUCUGCCCUGCUGGGAAGGGCUAUAUCCCUGAAGGAAGAGCUCUGCCAUUUGGACACGUGAGUUACACAGAUGCAGAUGAAUGUGAGAUGUUUGGCCCUGAGAUCUGCCGGAAUGGGCGCUGUAUGAACACGGUGCCUGGUUACAAGUGCUUCUGCAGCUUGGGCUACCUCUAUGACCCUGGCCGCCUUGAAUGUGUUGAUCAGGAUGAAUGUGAAAAUGAGAUAUCUUGUGUGAAUGGUGAAUGUCUGAACACGGACGGCUCCUACCACUGCUUCUGCAGCCACCCCCUUGUGCUGGAUAUAACUGGCAACCGCUGUGUCAACCUGUCCAGUGUGGCAGGAGAGCUGGACGAAUUUGGAGUUCACUUGGAUAUCUGCUGGCAGAGCGUCUCUGGCUACAUGUGCAAUGAGCCACUGGAAGGGCGACACACCACCUACACUGAGUGCUGCUGUGGCUAUGGCGAGGCCUGGAGCCAGGACUGUGCACUGUGCCCUGACAGGGCCUCAGAGGACUUUGCUUUUCUGUGUCAUGGGGACAGGCAAGAAACUGAGAGUGAGGCAGGACUCCGAGAAAGACCCGGCUACGAGUAUGGACCAGGCGUAGAGGACACUCAUUUUGGACUUUCUAGCCCGGACUUAGGGUCCUUUUACAAUUACAUUGGUCCUGAGUACAGAGCCCCUGACACUGGCCUCCCCCAAAGAGAGCCAAGCAGUGAUUUUCAGGACCGUGUACCUCAGCUCCAUCCAGAACAGCCCCCACCCCGCUACCUGCCUGGGGAAACAGAGUAUUAUAACAGCUUUGAGGGGCUCCGUGCAGAGGAGUGUGGGAUCCUGAAUGGCUGCGACAAUGGGCGCUGCGUGCGUGUGCGUGAGGGCUACACCUGCGACUGCUUUGACGGCUUCCGCUUGGACAUGACUCGCAUGGCUUGUGUGGACAUUAAUGAGUGUGAAGAGGUGAGUGGCACCGUGCCUCUGUGUGAGGGUGGCACCUGUGAAAACACAGAGGGCUCCUAUUGCUGCAGCUGCUCACCUGGCUACGUGGCACUGGCUGAGCCCCACCGCUGUGUGCCGGAGACAACCCAGAGCCCAGAGGCAGCACAGCUCUAGGGGAAGUGAGCGGGUGAGGGUGGCUCCUCAGGAACUCUGCUCUGGUACCCAGGAUGUAUUGAAACAGAGAAAGGCCCCUGGAACUGCAACAGCUUUGAGGCCCUUUGCUCAUCCCCCUAAAGUGCACAACUUUCUUGUCACCUCUCACCAGGCAGAGCUCCAAGCCUCUGCAGCCACAUCUGCCUGGCCUGCUCACCAUCACAGCACCAACCUGCAGGCCCCUCUCCCCUUGUCCCUCCUUUGUACUCUGGACCCACAGAUGACAAGACCCCAUCUCCUACUGUCCCUCUCCCUUGAAUAGGGCCCAUCAGCCUCACAGACCCCACCUUCCUGAACUGCACCCACCUGAGGCACUCCUCUCACACUCCUUGUUACCAUGGAUGCAAUGACUUAACAAGCACCAAAGGAGCCUGAAGCUGGUGAAGGUCAGCAUCUUCCUCUAGUUCCCCAGUUACCAUUGUACAUUGCUGAGAUGGUGGCAGCAUCCAGCCCUUCCUCCAGAAAAGGGGCUACUAACUCUCAGCACUGUUCUGUCCCAGAAGGUUUGUGGGAAGCUCUCCCACUCACUUUCAGGGCCCUCCUCUUUGCAAAUAUUACUCUUCUCUGCCCUAUUUCCUUCACCUUGCACUCAACCUCUCUGAAAGGGACAGCUAGCCCAGAGCCUGGCUCCCAAAGGCCUGAAGUCUGGGGAGGGUCUGCCCCCAGGCUUUUAGAUUCUGCCUGCCCCCUGGAAAUGGCUUGGAGCCCAGCGAGUUGCAGAGGCCUGGGUCUACUCUCCCCACAUCCCUCCCAGGCACAUAACUUUUCCUCCUGCACUUUGGCCGGUGGCCUUGUGUUGGGUUGGGGAGGGCAGUUCCAGCUUUUUAGUUUUUGUAAGGUUGUCACUGGCUUUUUCCUAAUGAGUCUGCUGGGAAUCUCUGUCAUGUUGUUAAAUAAAACAUUUAUUUUGGACCCUGA